AUGGCAGGGUGCGGACCUUCCGAAGUGGGCCUGGCCCAGGACACGGGCUCCUGCUUCUCUGCCUUUGGGCAUCUGGAGAGAACUGGCUGGCAACCAGAGCACUCGGCCUGGAGCUCCAGCCAGCAGGCCAUCCUGGCUCAUCUGAGGCUAAAAUUCAUCUCACUUGAAGGGUGGGGGAAAUCCAUGCAUCUCAGGCUAGGUUCAAAUGGGCUUUUGCUAGCAUCUCAUCAUCAUGACAUAUGGAAGGAGGGAGUGCAGGCCCUCCCUCGCUCAGACCCCCAUGGGAAGUGGUUGCAUGGUGGUGGGGGUGGGCGGAGGACCCUGCCUAACAGCCUGCAUUUUUUUUCUAAGUAG